AUGGCCUCUCAGCCUCAGAGGGUGCUCAUCUCUGGCUGCUCUUCAGGGAUCGGCCUUGAACUCGCUGUUCAGCUGGCUCAUGACCCCAGACAACGUUACCAGGUGGUGGCUACCAUGAGGGACUUGGGGAAGAAGGAGCCAUUGGAGGCAGCUGCUGGAGAGGCUCUUGGAAAGACCCUCAGCGUGGCCCAGCUGGACGUGUGCAGUGAUGAGUCAGUGACUAACUGUCUCAGCCACAUCGAGGGAGGACAAGUGGACAUACUGGUGAACAACGCAGGAGUAGGCCUUGUGGGGCCCCUGGAGGACCUCAGCCUAGCCACCAUGCAGAAUGUGUUCAACACCAACUUUUUUGGGGCUGUCCGUCUGGUCAAAGCUGUGCUUCCAGGCAUGAAGAGGAGGCGCCAGGGUCACAUCGUGGUGGUCAGCAGUGUUAUGGGGCUCCAGGGCGUCAUGUUCAAUGAUGUCUAUGCAGCCUCCAAGUUUGCCCUGGAAGGGUUCUUCGAGAGCCUCGCGAUCCAGCUGCGACAAUUCAAUAUCUUCAUCUCAAUGGUGGAGCCAGGCCCAGUCAUCACUGACUUUGAAGGAAAACUCCUGGCUCAGGUUUCCAAGACGGAGUUCCCAGACACUGACCCGGAAACCCUGGGCUACUUCCGGGACUUGUACCUCCCAGCCUCCAGGGAGCUCUUCCGCUCUGUGGGACAGAGCCCGCGGGAUGUGGCCCAGGUCAUUGCCAAGGUCAUCGGUUCCACCAGACCCCCACUCCGCAGACAGACCAACGCUCGCUAUUUCCCACUGACGGCGCUUAAGGCCCUGGACCCCUCUGGAAGCCUGUAUGUGAGAACUACCCACAGGCUCCUUUUUCGCUGGCCUCACCUUCUCAGCCUUGGUCUCCGAUGUCUGGCUUGUGGCUGCCUCCCAACACGUGUGGGGCCUAGAUGAACAGGGCAGAACUGACCCAUCCCGCCCGGAACAGCAGGGCUCUGCUCGGAAACCGUACAGACGCAUUCCCAUUCAGGCCCGUAGGGGAAAAUUUUUUUUUUUACAAAGUCUUACUAUGUAGCCCUGGAACUUACUAUGUAGACCAGGCUGGCCUCAAACUCACAGGCGUCGAGCUGACUCAGCCUUCCUAGUGCUGAAAUUAAAGGCCUGUACCACCACA